UCUGUUCCAGUCGCUCCCAUUAGCAUCAUAAUGGCUCCAAGAGAAAAAGAAUCCCAACUAAUCUGGAAAAAACAGACUGUAUAGAAAGGCUUGGUAACUUUACUGUGACCAUUUGCUGGAAAAACUUGACAUUUUAGCCCUUGGCCGUCUGGGAAUGCUCGAGGUGUCAUUCCACUACUUUGCCUUGGCUGGUGACACAGACAUGCAGGAACCGGAGGAUAAAAGGAUCUGAGGCCGUCAGAGAUGACUCUGGUUCUGUCCAUGAAUAGAUUCUGCGAGCCCAUUGUCUCGGAAGGAGCUGCUGAAAUUGCUGGGUACCAGACGCUAUGGGAGGCUGACAGCUACGGAGGCCCGAGCCCCCCGGGGCCAGCACAGGCUCCUCUGCAGGGAGACCGGGGAGCCGGUCCCCCGCUGGCAGGAUCCCAUUACAGGGGAAUUUCAAAUCCUAUAACAACAUCCAAGAUCACAUACUUUAAGAGGAAGUAUGUGGAAGAAGAGGAUUUUCACCCACCACUCAGCAGCUGUAGCCAUAAAACCAUCUCAAUCUUUGAGGAACGAGCCCACAUCCUUUAUAUGUCCUUAGAAAAGCUAAAGUUUAUCGAUGAUCCCGAAGUGUACCUCCGAAGAUCGGUCCUUAUCAACAACUUGAUGAAAAGGAUCCAUGGGGAGAUUAUCAUGCAGAAUAACUGGUGCUUUCCCGCCUGCUCUUUCAAUGGCACCUCCGCCCAGGAGUGGUUUAUGGCUCAAGACUGUCCUUACAGAAAACGACCUCGGAUGGCCAAAGAGGAGUGUGAAAAGUUUCAUGCCUGCUGCUUUUACCAAGAAUGUGGUGGUCACUACCUAAAUUUACCCCUGUCUGUCAAUGCUAACGUCGGAAGUGCCUCCUCCUCCUCCUCUUCCUCCUCCUCUUCCUCUUCCUCUCCCUCUCCCCCUCUGCCUUUACCGAGUUGCUCCCACCAGGUGGAUUUUGAUGUAGGCAGCACACCUCUCUACAAGGGCGAUGGCCAGAUACCUGCCAAUGAAAUCUUUGUUACGAAUGCCAGGUCGCUUGGUGUUCAGGAAAAGGCCAAGUUAAAUGAUGAGAAAGCAGACGAUGACACCAGCAGGGAUGGCGGCCCCCUAAACCAUGAACCCGUGGGAAAUGACCUUGCUUUUGAGUGCAAAGGCCAAUUUUAUGAUUAUUUUGAGACUGGAUAUAAUGAAAAAAACAAUGUGAGUGAGUCUUGGAAAAAGUCCAUAAGGAAGAAGGAGCCUUCACCGAGCAACAAACUGUGUUGCAGCAAAGGAAGUAAAAUUUGAGCCAUCUUCUCACCGCAAUCCCGACGCAUGCGCAGCAUGAUCAAUUAGCGCCCAUAAAUUUUAUUUUGAAUGGAUUUUAUAGUUUUGUACAACUGAUAAAAUUAUGCCACGAACAUGCCGUGUUGUUUUAAUGCCUGGAGAGCAGAUUGCCUGAAACAUCUGUAUCGUAGGCAUCAGUGCGCUACUUAUAAAUGUGGUGACAGUACCAAGAAAACAGUUGACUUAACGCUUAAAAGUAUAUCUUAGUUUUCUUACAGAAAAGAUUAGUAGAUUAGAUGGGGGAACAAUGUGGCCCUUGUGAUAUUUCUACUACCCCUGACCCCCAAGGAGCCUGUCACUGGUGAAGAACCCCCCACAUCUUUGCCAAUUAAUUAGGUAGUUCUUUGGUAAGCAAAUUGAUAUAACCAGCAAAGGAUGUCUGCUUCUAAUACAUGAUACAGUUUUUUUUUUUUUUUUCUAAAAAAAAGACUGAAGACAGGGAGCUAGAUGAAAUGGCUUCAUGGUACUGUUAAGUGUGUGGAUUUAACAGUCUUAUGUGACAGAUGAAAUUAGGAUAGAACGUAAUGAAACAUACCUGUCUAGGGCAGCAGUCAACAAUAUGAGUAGAGAGUAGUCCCUGCCAGUUCCCAGCUUGCCUAGGACGGGUGAUGAGGCUUUUAGAGAGGUAUUAUACAGGGCGAUUUUUGGUGCCUUACUUUAUCUUAAUUUUUGCCAAUGUGAAAAUUAAGGAUAAAUCAGAGUACAGCAGGGAUUUAACAAACAGGAAAAAAAAAAGAACAGGGUGGAUCAGCAUUGUUUGGAAAUCGUUAACUUCGAGCUGUUGCGUUCAACUUUUGAUUCGACAUCGCCUUUAUGUUUGAUGCCCAAUUGCUUUUUGGAGUUGGCGUUUUUUAGGAAGGGAUGGAGGAGACAAUAGAGAAAGCGAUUAGAAACCAGCGCUAGAGCUGCUUGAGCUUUUCUACGGCAACGGUCUGUUGCCGGGGUUUGGGUGUUCUGGGUUUGGGAUUUUGUUGCGUUUUCUUGUCCGAUGACGUUCAUGAACCAGUGGCAUGCAUUAUACUUUAAUCGGUUUUGCAUCAUUUUCACUCGUUUAGAUUAUAAAAGCAUGUGGUUUUUAUAUAUGACUUUCGCUGUUGAUUACGAAGCACAAUGUUCAUAAAUGUGAUUCUCUUAAAGAAUGUAAAGACGUGUAGUUUGGGGAAGGUUAUUUUGGAGAAAUGGGACUUGGUCAGCAAACACGCCUAUGUAUUUGGUCCUCAUUUUUCUCGGUCGUUUCUUUCAUUCGCACCUUGGUGAGAGUGUUCAGAGUGCCUCUCUCUGACCAUCCUUCCUCCCAUGCCAGCCACCGCCGCCUGCUCAGCUGGGUUCCCAUGUCCAAGGUGACUCACUGACCUGGGCCUCCUUCCACCGUACUUCACAGGAACCAAAUGCCAAACGGAGGAAAUAGUAAGUCCUCCCAAUUUCUCCAAGAUAAAGCUUUUUUUAAAAAAAAAAAAUCACUGCUUAUUAAUAUUAAAUAUAGGUCUCAUUCAUACAGUGUAUGAGUAAGAUCAUUUGGACAAUGUCCACAAGGACCAAUUUUUAAAACAUGUUCUUGUGUUCUGGCUGAAUAGUAAUGUCUUGUCCUUUAUUUUCAAUAUUUGAUAAACAUUUGAUGUUGACAACUUAGAUGAUAGAUGCUUGUAUAUGAAUGUGUUGUUGUAAUAAAGUGAGGUUUUCUUGAUAUAUAUUUAUUAAAAUGAUCAAAAUUCAUUAAGA